UGGAGAGCCUCUGUCUCUUCCACACACCACUUCCAAUGUUUUUAUUUUUCAACUUCUCCAUUAUCUAAUAAAUAAUCUGAAAUUUCUUGUUCAUGCUAACAUUUUCUUCUACAUUUAUUAUCUUAAAAGAAAAAAAGAAAAAAAAAAUGAAAAGAAUCCUUCCAUUUUCCCAAUAAGCCUUAUGUGGCUGUAUUUCCGGUUUGUUCUCUCCCUUCUCUGAGCAGUUACCAGUGAGUACAAAAAACAAACAGAGGAACAUUUAGUCUCUUCUUGGAUCUGGACGAGAUUCCUUUGUUCCUUUCUUUAAUCUCUUAAUUCUUCUUUCUUCACUUGGCGGUUUCUCUUCUUCUGCAUCUCUUUCUUAUCUCUUCUUCUCAUUGGUUCUGUAAUUUUUUAGCUACAUUUAGGGCUGAUUUCUUUUUUUCAGACAAAGGGGGGUCACACUUGUUCAUCUUUCUACUGUUUCUGGUUAGAUUCUUGUAAGAUUAGAUCCAAUUACCAAAACCUUUUCCUUUUGUCUUCAGUGGAAUCUGGGAAUCUAGGUCUGUAAAAAAAAGGCGGAAACUUUUUCUUUCCUUUUUAGAUCCGUAGGUUACUAUUAGUGUGGGACUCAGAACUCUGAUUAAAAUGAUGAAUUUUUUUUAGUCUGUGAGUUUGGGAUUUUUUUUUUUUUCGAAGCUUUACUUAGCUGGUUUUGAAUUGAAAUCUUUAAACGGGUAUCAAGUUUUCUUCAGAGAGAAAAAGGCUAAAUUUUUGGAGUUUAUAUGUAUUUGGAAGUUGCGUCAUUCUCGUUAUGGUUUUAAUGGUGGUUACUGUUGAUGAUGGAGAUAUAGAAAGAAAAAAGAAAGCUUUAAAAGUCAUCUCUUCCAUAUUAUUGCAAACACAUCAUUGAGUCAAAAAAAGUUUGGGUUCUUUGGAAAAUCAAUAAAGGGGAGAGUAAAAGGUGGAGCAGAAAGUUCCGGCGCCGGAGAAUUGUUUUGUGAUCUAUUGUCAUGGCUGCGAAGCUUCUGCAUUCGUUGGCAGAUGAUAGUGCAGAUCUGCAGAAGCAAAUUGGAUGUAUGAAUGGGAUUUUUCAAAUCUUUGAUCGUCACCAUGUUCUCACAGGCCGGCGAAAAAGCCUUACUUUAGGUAAUGAAAAUGCCAAUAGUAUCAACUUUGAGAGAGAGACUGUUGAUACAUUUUAUCAAACAAAAGACACUGACACAAACACUGGUGGGAAUGUGAAAGAGAAGCAAAGGGUUUCAACAGAAUCAUCGAGAGUUUCUUUCUCGUCUUCCUGCUCGUCCUCCCCAUCGUCUUCUGAGUUCAAUAGAGGAGUUCAACCUGAAGCUUCUGCCUAUGACCAAGCCAAUUUCCCAGAAUCUCCUACAAGUGAUCCUGAGAUGACUGAAGGGAACGGAUUUUCACAUCUGGGAGUUGACCUCAGAGAUGUUGUGAGAGACUCUAUGUACAGAGAAGCCAGAGGGCUUUCGGUUAAGACUCCUAUGACAAGAGAGGAAGUAGUUAGACGCAGCAGAAGAGAGGAUUCUCCAAGGCCUUACGGUUUGAAGCAAUCCACACCUGCUGAUCUCAAUGAAUCCUUCAGAUUUCUAGCCAAACUUCGAGAAACACCUCAACAUUACAAUGAGGUUGGAGCAAAAGAUGCACCUCGUUACUCCGUUGAUUCUCACGAUACGUUGAAAUCCAGACAGAGGCUGAAAGAGUUGCCUAGGCUUUCUCUGGAUAGUAGAGAACGAGUGGUGCUAAACUCCAGUGUUGAUCUUAAAUCAGGUAAGCUUUCUGAAAGUUUCAGCGGAAGCUCAAGCAGCAGCAAGAAACGGCCUCCCAGUGUUGUUGCAAAGCUCAUGGGCCUGGAGACACUGCCUGGUUCUCCAUUGGGCAGAGACAUCCAUCAGUAUGGUUUGAACAAAAUCGACUCUUUUGAUCAUAGCAACGAUCCGUUCUCAAGAUCAUUGAGGGAGAAAAAUCUGAAUCGUGCAAUCCGGUUUUCUCCUAGCUCACCGAGAAGCCUGGGGAAGGACCCGUCUUCUCCAAGAUGGAGAAACUCUGAUUUUGUUAUGAAACCUCUAUCAAGUUCUAGAUUUCCCAUUGAACCAGCUCCAUGGAAGCAAGCUGAUAGAAACCGAGUUUUGCAAAAGCAAGCUAUGCCCGUGAAAUCAGCGCCGUCUGAAGCACCUAAGUUUCCUCCUACUGUGUACAGUGAAAUGGAGAGGAGGCUGAACGAGCUCGAGUUCAAACAUUCGGGAAAAGAUCUGCGAGCUCUUAAACAAAUAUUAGAGGCUAUGCAAUCAAAGGGUUACUUGGACACAGAGAAACAACAACAAUCCUCAAACUCGGCAGCUCAAAGAGAUUAUGAAAGAGCAAAUCCUGCAACUUUAAACCAAGCCAUGCCAACUAGAACGAGAGUCCCGUCUUCUUCAUCUUCAUCCAGCCAGGUGUAUCAAUCCCCGAUUGUGAUUAUGAAACCUGCAAAACUUGUUGAAAAGGCUGGUAUUCCCGCGUCGUCCCUUAUUCCCAUUCACAGCCUCUCUGGACUUAAUAAGGCCCGUAGAGAGAUACCUGAUGGAAAAGGAACUUCAACGAGUAGCAAACGGGUGACUAAAGAUCGUAGUCCAGGAAACCGAAGAGCUGAAUCAUGUACCAGCUCCAUUGAUAAGAAAUCUGACAGCAGAAAUGUCCGGUCUUCUUCUUCAAAGAAGCCUCAUCAGGUUGCCAAAGAAAGUACUUCAAAGAGUUCAGGAUCGGUAAGUCCAAGAUUGCAGCAGAAGAAGCUUGAGUAUGACAAACGUUCAAGGCCACCAACCCCUCCAUCUGAUUCUAGUAAAUCAAGGAAACCUCCAAAUAGACAACUCGCGGAAUCGACUUCUCCUGGUGGCAGACGUAGACCCAAGGCUCAGAAGAGUUUGCAGCAAAACGAGGACCAACUUAGUCAAGCCAGCAAUGAAUCUAGGACGUCAAGUCAUGACACGUGUACUCAGUCUGAAGCAGAAGCCGAUGGUGGUAAAAGCCCAUCUGUAAUCGAGGCAGCCAAAGCUGUAGUCUCUAACUUAAUGCAGAAUAAAUCCAGUCCAAGGUUUAGUGAAGAUGGAUCGUCAGCAAACCUUUCACUAGUUGCUUUGGAACAUCCAAGUCCUAUCUCUGUUCUCGACGCCUCAAUCUACAGAGAGAUUGAACCAUCUCCUGUGAAGACACAAGGUAAUGUUGCCCAUGAUUCUGGCGAUGAACAUUGCGAGGACCAGUGGAAUCCAGCUUACAGUUUCUCGGAGACAACAUCAAGCUUUUCGCCAGAGAUAAACCGCAAGAAGCUUCAGAAUGUUGAGCACUUGGUUCAGAAGCUCAGACGACUGAACUCCAGCCAUGAUGAAGCCAGCCAAGAUUACAUUGCAUCGCUUUGUGAGAACGCAGAUCCCAACACCGAUCACAGAUACAUCUCCGAGAUUCUAUUAGCCUCUGGUCUUCUCCUACGAGAUCUUGGCUCAGGACUAACGACGUUUCAACUACACCCAUCAGGCCACCCGAUCAACCCCGAGCUGUUCUUUGUUCUUGAGCAGACAAAGGGAAGCAGCACUACACAUCUGUUACACAAAGAAGAAAGCAAGGUUCUGAACAAGGAGAAGCUCAACCGCAAACUCGUGUUUGACACCGUUAAUGAGAUUCUUGUGGAGAAACUAGCUUCGGUUGAAGCCACGACGAAUCCAUGGAUGAAGUCAUCUGCUAAGAUGACUAAGAAAGCCAUGAGUGCGCAACAGCUGCUGAAAGAACUGUGUUCAGAGAUAGAAACACUGCAAAAGCAAGCCACAAAGAGAUCAGAAAACUGCUUGUUGGAGGAAGAAGACGACUUCUUGAAAAGUAUACUUGCAGAAGAUGUAAUGAUUCGGUCUGGGAACUGGGUAGACUUCAAUGGAGAAAUCACAGGAUUGGUGCUGGAUGUGGAGAGGCUUCUCUUCAAGGAUCUGGUGAAUGAGAUCGUACAUGCAGAGGCUAGCCGUCUGCAAGCAAAGUCAGGAAGGAGAAGAACGCUUUUCGCAGACCAGUAGCAAAGGCUGUUAAAGAAGACAAUAUAUAGACAAGUGGUUUUCCCUUCUUUCUCUAACUCUGUAACUGUGUUCCAUGCAACUCUGGUCUUUUUUGUCUUCUGAUUCGUAUGCUCGUUUUUGGUCAUCUGUAUUGUACGGCAGGAUAAUAAUCACAUGGUGUGUUAUGUAAUAACUGAAAUUCUUGAUAUGGUACCUGAAGAAAAAACUGUAAAGCGGGUAAAAGAAGAAAGGAACCAAUGGGAAAUCUUCUUUGAGAGAUCUCAAGCAAGUUUUUGUAUUCA